UGUACUAACCAAUCGUAUCUGCAGGUUAUCCAGCUUAUACCCGCCUCUAAAUACGCCUGGCCAAUUAAUGCUCUGACAGUUGUGGCUGGUUUAGCGGGAGAUUUGAACAGAAGAUGUGGGAAGAGAACGCAUAUCUAAGCUUACAGCCCGGCCUUCUCCCGCAACACUCCCCGCCUGGGCGCCGCAGGUCUGCCCGGGGACUCAUGGCCGGCCAAGGAAAGGCCAACAGACAGGCGGAGCUAGAGAAUGUAAUGGGAAUAACCGUUUCAAGCAGCAGCAGUUUAACUUGUGAUCCCAACAAUGGACUGAUUGCCUAUCCAGCAGGAUGUGUUAUUGUCCUUCUAUGUCCAAGAAAAAACAAGCAAGGUCAUAUAGUCAAUACAUGCAGCAAGACCCUGAGUGCUUUAUCCUUCUCACCGGAUGGGAAGUAUAUAGUCAGUGGAGAGAGCGGCCACAAGCCAGCCGUGCGGAUCUGGGAUGUGGCAGAGAAGGUUCAGGUCUCUGAGCUACUUGGACACAAACAUGGAGUGUCCUGCGUCUGCUUCUCCCCCAACAUGAAAUAUGUUGUUUCUGUGGGAUACCAGCAUGACAUGGUGGUCAAUGUUUGGGACUGGAAGAACAAUAAUGUAGUUGCCAAGAACAAAGUCUCCAGUAAGGUCAGCGCUGUGUCUUUUUCUGAGGACAGCAGCUAUUUUGUAACCGCGGGCCACCGUCAUGUCAAGUUCUGGUAUCUGGAGACUUCCAAGCAAUCUCAGGUUGGGACGGUUCCUCUGGUGGGCCGCUCUGGAUUGCUCGGUGACCUCCACAAUAACGUGUUCGGUGGUGUUGCGUGUGGCAAAGGCAAGAAUGCUGGCAGCACGUUCUGUAUAUCGUUUUCUGGAGUUCUCUGUCAGUUCAAUGAAAAAAGAGUCCUAGACAAAUGGUUGAAAUUAAAGGUGUCUGCGUCCUAUUGCCUGUGUGUCACAGAGCAGCUUGUGUUCUGCGGCUGCGAGGAGGGCGUUGUCAGAAUCUUUAGCGCUCACAAUCUCCAGUACGUGACCGAUUUACCUAGACCUCAUCACCUGGGUGUGGACGUUGCUCUGGGGCUUGCUCCAAGCUCUCUGUUUGUAAAGCAGGCAGAUUCCGGUUAUGCGGACACUUGCGCCCUGGUAUAUGAUGAAGGCAAUCAGUGGCUGUGCUGUGUGUAUAAUGACCACAGUAUAUACGUGUGGGAUGUCAGCAACACCCGAAAGGUUGGGAAGGUGUACUCGGCUCUGUAUCACAGCUCCUACAUCUGGAAUAUGGAGGUGUAUCCUGACAUUGGAAAGAAAUCGCAUUUAAGCCAAGGCUCAUUUUUUACUUGUUCUUCUGACAACACUAUUCGUCUGUGGAACCUGGAGAGGAGCUUGUACCCGGCUCAGAAGAGGAACAUCUAUAGUAAUGAAUUGCAUAAAGUGAUAUAUGUUGAGGGCAAUAUUCAGUAUUUGAAGGACAUCUCUGGCACUAAUGAAAAGACUGAACCCAAAGACUCAAAAAGCGGAAUUCGUGUCCUGAAAAUCCACAAUGACGGGCUUCAGCUGGCAUCUGGAGACCGGAUGGGAAAUAUAAGGAUAUAUAAUCUGCAGAACUUUGAGGAGUUGCUGGCGAUUGAGGCUCAUGAUGGAGAGGUUCUAUGUCUGGAAUACUCCCGUCCUUUGGCUGGUGUGACAUUGUUGGCAUCGGCCAGCAGGGACCGUCUGAUCCAUGUUCUCUGUGUGGAGCGCAAUUACAGUUUGCUGCAGACGAUGGAUGACCAUUCUUCGUCCAUAACAGCUGUGAAGUUUGCGGGUAAUGCGGAGGAGAUGCACAUGAUCAGCUGUGGAGCGGAUAAGAGCAUUUAUUUCCGCCCAGCCCAAGUGCUCCCAGAAGGGAUUAAUUUCUUGCGUUUACACCAUGUUGUGGAGAAAACAACCUUGUAUGACUUGGAUAUUGAUGCCACCCAGAAGACCGCAGCUGUGGCAUGUCAGGAUAAAACUGUAAGGUUCUACAAUGUUCUAAGUGGUAAGCAAGAGAAGACUCUCAAAAGUUCUCAGACUGCGGGAGCCUUAUUAAAGGUGCAGAUGGAUCCCUCUGGAAGAUUCUAUGCGACAAGCUGUUCCAAUAAAACCAUAUCUCUGUUCGACAUGCAAACUGGGGAGAGUGUAGCCAUGAUGUACGGACACUCUGAUAUUGUUACAGAUAUGAAGUUCACACAUGACUGCAAAAGGCUGAUUACAGUUUCUGGUGACAGCUGUGUGUUCAUUUGGCGGCUGGAUCCCAACAUGACUACAUGUAUGAGGCAACACAUAGAUGAGAAUUCUGUGGUAGGGAAAACCACUGCUGUGAUGAAUGACCAAAGUCCGGGUAACAUUCGGAGAGAAACGUUCUUGUUGGACUUUUUGAAUGAGAGCUCUCAGGAUGACUUGUUCUUGGAUAAAAGUGGGAAUACUGAUGAGCCAUCAGAGGACACCCCUUCUAAAGAUUGCUUUGACACAGAUCUACCAUGCCUGCAGACUAAUGGCAGGAUGCCUCUCUGGGCCAAGAAACUGCAGGGAGAAGCAAAUGAACCAUUGAUCGUCCUUUCACAAAAUCACUACAAGCCUCAAGGGCGCUGGGCUCAGAGUGACAAUUCAGAUGUCCUUCGGAAAUACCUGCACUGUAAUGAUUUGAGUUACUGCGGUACCCCGUGCCAAUCGGAGAAUUCCUUUCUGGAAGACACAGUAGACAUGGAAUGUGUGGAGCCAAGAAGUUUCCAGCACAUGCUGGAGCAAUCCGAGGAAAAAAAUGAGGACCAUAGCAAUACAACAUUUAUCAUGGAUAUGUCUGCCGCUCUAGAAGAAAUAGAUGCUCGUCCCAAUGAUUUGAAUGGUAUAUACUACCCUUCAUCUCAGCAGACCUCCCAGCAGGAGGAAAGUGACUUUGCUGUUGAAGAGCACACCUUUGAUAAAGGACAUGACGCCAACACUAAUGAACUGUUAUCAGCCUGUGACCAAGAUGAGGACUCGCAAACUUCUGGUAAUUGCUCUGACCUGGAAGGGAGUGAUGGUGAGGAGAAUUUCCACCCAGAGAGUGCAGAAGAAUCCUUCAUUCAGAAGCAUUUCGACACCUUAACAGAUGCACUUGCAGAAGAAAAAUUUGAUAACUGUCUGAAGGAUCUGAUGCCCAAUGAGGAUGAAAAUGAUCCAUUUCUAAACCAUCGGCUUAGUUUCUCUGCCAAAUUUCUGUCUGGAAGCCAAGGGAAAAAAAGACUAGAAAAUGUGCUACCACCCCAAAUAACGUGUAUGUCGAUGGAUCCAGAGGCAAAUGAGGAAUCGACCAGACCACAUCUUACCAGGAAACUCUCUGAUAAAGCAAUGGAAAAAAUUACCCUUGGAACAGAAAGGAGAAAAUCUUCAACCAGUGCUGAUAUCGCUAUAUUGGUCCCAAAUUUACAGAAGGCACAAGUCGCUGAUAAAUCUGCCUCUCGAUCAUCAUUCCCUGGCUGCUGGCCAAAUAAGAACAAUUCAAUAAAUAAGUCCAACAAAGGGCGAUCUUACAUGGAGGCCACUGCUAGUUCAAAGGCAAAAAUACUAAGAAGUGCAUCAAUGGGAGAAGGCAUUAAUACAGGGGAAGAGCAAAAAAGCCCAUCUAAUUUAUUCCGGCCGCUCUCCACUACUGACUUGCCUUCAGAAAACAUUAAGUUGAAAGCCUCCGAGGAAAAACUCAACAAAUCGCCUUCUUCCUCUGCACUCUGUGGACAGGUCGCUUCAGGACCGCAAGAAGCCAAGACUAAAUCUACCACCAGCUUAAACUCCAUAUCGGAUAAACUUUUGAUGCCACCUCCAGCAGGUCAUGGAGUUAUCCCACGUCUAAAGAAAAAAGCCAAGUCUAUAAAUAAUCUGUCAAAGACAUCGCGAAAAGAGGAACUUUUUAGCACUGUGGUCAAGUCGAAAGCUUUAGAUGCUCAGAAGUGUGGAAUCGCCUCUGACCUUCAGGAUAGGAAAGGCUUAUUAUCUCUAACCUGUAAGUCACAAGAUGUCUAUAAUGGGCCCAGAAGAGCUUCUAUAGCUGAGUGUACAGUUCAUACAGCUCUAAGUGUCUCUCCCACCAGAAACGGCAGUGAAAGAGCUUUUUCACCAAGCAGGCGUCUGUCCACUUCACCAACCCCUUGUUCCAAUGAUGUCGAAAAGCCUAAUGCUUCCUCCCAGGGUAUGAAGGUACUCAUGGGGCAGUGUGAGACGAUGAUUGAGGAAUUGCACAGCACUUUUCAGAAGACGCUGAAGACUUAUAAAGAGAUUGAAAACUUCAAUGGAUCUCAUGAAGAAAAGUCACAUCUCAAAUCGAUAUUCUUUGAUGCCUUCAACCAUAUUCAAAGCGAAAUGGAGUUGUUGGGAAUAAGCCAGAGAAUGGCACCUAAUGGCAAACUAAAUGCCACAACCAGUGCCACAACCAGUGCCUCUCUUCACUUGCUGGAACAUUAUUCAGAAAUGAUGCUGCAGAUCGUAAAGGAGAAGAUUAACAGCACUGCACUGUGACACCUUUUCGGAAAGCCUGGGCCUCCUAUGACCAUACUACGAUCCUGUUGGGCUGUUCACUCUACCGUAAUUGUAUUCGUAAAAGCCCUGUUUACCACAACUGAUAGUUUUGAUAGAUGUCAGUGUUGAAUCAUCCGCCAUAUUUUAUUAUCCCUUGGAUUCUAGUAUAAUCUCAACUAUUGGCUUUCCAGCUCUGCCUACCUGCUUAUACCAGUUUCUGGGGGGUCUUUCCACCUGCUAUGACCAUUUCUAGGGGUGACACUUUACUUGUUAG